CUUUUUAAUCCAGAUACGCACCCUACGUUCGGUAGGGUGCGUAUCUGGAUCCGGAGCUGACACGGCCAAGAGGGGAAAGAAGACACACCACCCAGCAACAUGACUGCACCCAGCAACACCUACGACGUUAUAGUGGUCGGCGCGGGCAUAUCAGGUUUGAGUGCUGCAAAGCUGUUGAAAGCCAGUGGGCUCGAUCCUGUAGUGUUGGAAGCCAGAGACCGGGUUGGUGGUCGUACCUUCACUGUGCAGAAUAAGGAGGCAAAGUGGGUUGAUCUAGGCGGUGCCUACAUUGGACCGACACAGAACCGCAUCCUCCGUCUGGCCAAAGAGUAUGGCAUAAAGACCUACAAAGUCAACGAGCAGGAGAACUUGGUGCAUUAUGUUAAUGGAAAGUCUUACCCGUUCAAAGGCUCCUUGCCUCCCAUGUGGAACCCCAUCGCUUUGAUGGACUUCAACAACCUCUUUAGAACAAUGGAUAAGAUGGGCGAGGAGAUUCCCAGAGACGCUCCCUGGAGAGCUCCCCAUGCUGAGGAGUGGGACAAGAUGACCAUGCAGGAACUCUUUGAAAAACUCUGCUGGACCAGGUAACAUGUUCAAAAUGUUUC